AUGAGCCCUGAACUUAACCAUGCAGAUGACAGCUGCCAGGUAAAUAAAACUGUCCAGCCCUCUGGGCUGUUGACUACUUCUGAAAAUGAUCAUCGCACUGAUCGCGAUGUUUCCACACAAGCAGCUUCUGAGUCCUUGAGGGACGAUCAGGAUGAAGAGGACACGUUUCCAGAGGGCGGCCUAACAGGCUGGCUUACGGUAUUUGGCUCAUUCUGUGCGAUGCUCUCCGUCUACGGUUUGAUCAAUAGUUCUGGAGUCUUCGAGUCGUACUUCGCAACCAACCAGCUCGCCGAGUACGAUUCCUCGACUAUCGGAUGGAUCUUCAGCGUGUACCUGUUUGUCGUCUUCUUUGCCGGUAUUCAGGCUGGACCUAUAUUUGACCGCCACGGGCCUCGACUGCUCGUUGCUGUCGGAAGUGUACUGGUUGUUGCCAGCCAGAUGAUCCUAGGACUGUGCACACAGUAUUAUCAGAUCCUUCUGACCUAUUCCGUGCUUGGAGGCAUUGGGGGGGCCUUACUCAAUGUGCCCGCAUAUGGCAUCAUCGCACAUUACUUCAAGAGGCGCCGUGGUCUUGCCACUGGCAUUGCCUCAACGGCCGGUUCUGUCGGAGGCAUAAUGUUUCCUCUUCUAUUGCGGGGCCUCUUACCCAAGCUUGGGUUUGCUUGGACCACCCGUAUCAUCGGCUUCAUUCUGCUGGCAUUGGCAAUUCCAGCGAACCUCCUCCUUCGAACUCGAUUACCUCCAAGCAAAAAGGUGGCUUCAGUCAUACCAGACUGGUCGUUGUUCCGCGACCUGAGAUUCACACUUACUUGCGCCGGAGUCUGGUUUUUGGAGUGGGGCCUCUUCGUCCCAUUGACAUUCGUGAUCUCUUACGCAGCAGACCAUGGCCAGGAUGCGACUUCUGCAUAUAUCCUCCUCGUUUAUCUCAAUGUCGGCUCUUUCUUCGGCCGGUUCUUGCCUGGUUUCAUUGCCGACAAGAUUGGUCGGUUCAACGUUAUCAUACUUACGAUCACGCUUUGCGUCAUCACCGAACUGGUGUUUUGGUUGCCUGCCGGUAAUAACAAGGCCUUACUCAUUGCGUUCGUCGUGACCUUCGGCUUCGCGAGUGGUAGUAACCUCGGUCUUUACCCAGUCUGCCUGGGCCAGCUUUGCGAUUCUCGAGACUAUGGCCGUGUGUACUCGACGUCGCUCAUGGUUGGAAGCUUUGGAACCUUGACGAGUUUGCCCAUCGGGGGAGCUUUGCGCGAUGUUGGUGAUUUUGAUCAAGGCUGGCUAGCUCUUAUAUUGUUCUCGGCUCUGUCGUAUGCUGUUGCUAUGAGCUGUUUCCUUGGAGUCAGAGUUCUUGCUGUCAGCUGGGGUGUGAAGAAAGUCUUCUAG